AAGGAUCUCACUGGGUUUUAUCCUAUUGUCUCUGAGGUCAGGCCCGGGUCAUAUAUAUACCCCAGCUUCCCCAGAAAAGACGCCCCAGCUCGGAAAACCCUCCUUGGCAGCCCGGAAACUCCAGAAACUCCAAAGUACCCUCCUCCGUAUCCUUAUCGGUAUCCGUCACCGCAUUUUGAUUUAUCGCCCGCGCCUUGCGCACGAGCACCCUACGAUUUCCGCGAGGCGUCCAUUCGGUGA